UUGUUGCGCAACCGGAGAAACGCCUCCUCCUCCUCCUCCUCCGGCCGGUGUACUUAUGUGAAGCUCAGCCCCCUCGCUCGCUCGCUCACUCACUCAGCUCCACGGACAUGGCUUCGAACCGGGUGAUCGUGUACGGCGGACGAGGCGCCCUGGGCUCCAAGUGUGUCCAACAUUUCAAAUCCCGAGGAUGGUGGGUCGCCUGCAUCGACAUGGCUGCGAACGAGGAGGCGAAUGAAAACGUGAUAGUGAAGAUGAGCGAGUGUUUCACCGAGCAGGCAGGACAGGUGACGGCAGACGUGGCCACGUUGCUAGGGGAACAGAAAGUGGAUGCCAUCUUGUGUGUGGCCGGAGGAUGGGCCGGAGGGAAGUGUAGUUCCAAAGAUUUGUACAAAAACUCAGAUCUAAUGUGGAAGCAGAGUGUGUGGACCUCCACCAUCUCCAGCCACCUCGCCGCCCUGCACCUAAAAGCGGGCGGACUGUUGACUUUGGCCGGAGCUAAAGCCGCUCUCUCAGGCACUGGAGGCAUGGUGGGCUAUGGCAUGGCCAAGGCGGCCGUACACCAGCUGUGUCAGAGUCUCGCAGCAGAAAACAGUGGGAUGCCGUCAGGGGCCGCCGCCGUGGCCAUUCUACCGGUUACCUUGGAUACGCCGAUGAACAGGAAGUUCAUGCCUGACGCAGACUUCGGUUCCUGGACGCCGCUGGAGUUCAUUGCAGAAACGUUUUUCAACUGGGCCACCGGGGUGAACCGGCCGGCGUCGGGAAGCCUGAUGCAGCUGCUGACCUCCGGAGGCGAAACUCAGGCUGUGGCCGCUCAGUAGAGGACAGAGCGAGCUGUGGUGAGGGAGAUAGAGAUAAAGAUGGAUGGAGGCAGAGAGAGGGAGAGAUGAGGAGAUGGGAGACUGGAGGAGGAGGAGGAGGAGGAGGAGACGCAUAUGGGGAACAAGAGGUAGAGAGAUAGGAGUGAUGAAGAGGGCCGGUGGUGAAGAAGAGAGAUGGUGACAGAGGGGAGCUAAAUAAAAUGGGGGGGAGGAGACGGCCAGAUGGGGUUCGGUCUGGAGUGGAGUGGAGUGGAGAGGAGGGAGCAGGAGCAGGGAGGGACUGUCUUUGGAAAUGCAGCCACACAGCGCCAUCUAGCUGUGGGUCACUUAAAGUGGGUCCACUGUAGCAGCCAACCAGGCUGCAAUAAUGGUAAUAGACCAUUGGCUUCAUUCAAAAUAUUUAGAAUAAUUUAGAAAUCAGUGAAGUGAAAUUGUACCAAAUGAGAAGUGUACAAGAGUCCUUGUAUCGGGCUUGUGUGGAAGCGGCCACCAAUUGAAAUGCAUAUGCCAUUUUAAUUCUAUGUCAUAACAGUGUUUUUACUAUAUAUUGAAGAAAAUGAAGGAUCUGGGAAUCAUUUUUUAGAUUUAUUUCACCUUCCGUCUCGUUCAUAAGGACACCUGUCCCUCUGAAAUGAACCCUCCCCCGUGUCCGUCCUGUGGGACGUACAGAUCUGUAGACUAGACACCGUUUAGAGUCCUUGACGGUUCCCCGCCACUGAGGAGCCACGGAGUCGAAGAAAGCCGCUGUCUUUCCCUCAGACGUACAAUAAGUGGAGUGGCCUUAUUCUAUGUUUGUACCCGUCAAGUCAAAGUGUCCUUGGUGUGGAAACCGUGCGCUAUUCCUUUGGCUUUUUUUCUAAGUCGUGUAUUGUGACUGUGUCAAAAUUCACAAUAAAACGAGUCAAAAAGA